AUGCCUCAAAAACCUGUACUAUCACAUCGCAAGCCUCUAAAAUAUAAGGGCUGUGCUGCUGUCAUCAAAAAGACAUCAAGUUGUGAGUUGAGACCUUGUGAGCGCGCAUUUGCGGUUGACGCGUGCAUUGUUGGCGGUGCAACUCAAGAUGCAGUGGCAGCUUACUUCCCCAACGCUGGCGGCCAAAUCACUAUACAGAAGGUUGUGAGUACAAUCAUGAAGCGCGCAAAGGAGGAGAAUCUUCCUAUCACAUUGCCCAGUUUUUACAAGGACCUACCGCGCAGCGGUCGGCCAGAGCUUCUCACUGCACGCCAGAAGCGUGCUAUCAUCAAGAUUAUCACCCAAGACCGUGCCCAUUGCGAAAAGGAACCUUUCCAGGCUAUUGCAGAUGGAAAUUUCAAGGACAUUGUGCCUCAGAUGAGCAUCAGUACCUUUGAAAACAUCUUGUAUAAGGCUUGCUUCAGCAGAAAGAAGCCGGGAUGGAAGCCACCUUUGACUGCCAAGGAAGAGCAAGAACAUUACCAAUGGGCACUUGACCAUAACCCAGACCUUCACCACAUUGGUGAUGGCCAGGGCUUCAAUUUUGCACUAUUGCUUAUACUGAUGAGACUCCUGCUUGCAUUGGUGAGCAGCGUGGCAUGCAGCGCACGUGGACCAGGGAUGGAGAAGAUUAUGAUGAAGGAGUUAAGAAAGAUCGGAUUCUCAAGUCCUUGCAUUCUAUAUGAACAUGAGACUAAGGCAGAGAAACAAGCUGCUAAACAGGCGCUUGAGAAGGAAAAUGAAGAGCGGAAAAAAGUGGCUAUGAAGGAACACAAGCAGAAGUGUUCUGCACUAAAGAUCUUGAAGCCAUCCCAACUCAACAAGGUACAAAAAGAGGAGCAUGCAGCAGCACUCCAAUUGCAUAAGCAUGCUUCUACCAACAAAAGAUAA